CUAUUUAAUGCCAACAGACAUAUAUGUAUGUGUUUCACAUGCCUAGCUUAUCUGCAUUGCCCUCGUUCUGUAGAACUUGAAUGUGCUUUUAUGGUAAAGCUAUUGAAUAAUUCCAUUCUUACCAUUCUAUAGGGAAGAUAAAGGGGAUCAGAGAUUCGCUUCAAUCAGUGUCCAGCCUAUUAUUCCAGAAUGGACUUCUUGCCGAGGGGCUGAGCCUGCUGUUCCAUUGCUGUUAAAAGGAUUACUCGUGAUAGCAGCACUAUUACUCGUGAUCAGCAGAACCACUAAACCCAGGUUUAGUCAGAACCGUAUGACCAUCCAUCUCAGGCCAAAGUAACUGCAUAGCGAUAGUGAAUUUUUGUGGUCCUGUUGCCUGAACGUCAAUGGCAAUCGCAGUCUGGUGAGCACAAAUUUUGCUGCUCAAAGCUGCUGGGGAAAAGUAUCUGUCCUGGCUGGCUUUGUUUGUAGUGGUGGCGUCCAGAGUUUACAGUAAUAGGCUAACAGCAGAAGUGUUAUAGACUGUUUCUCACUAGUCACUUUGUCAUUAUGCCAACAUGGGUCAUCGACUCAUCGUGUAGAAGAACUUGCGGCAGUUUUUAUGAAAGGCAGAGGAAAGGAUGCAGAAACAUGAUUGUGGAGUGUGGACAAAUGUAAAGUCUUCCAGCUUGUCUGUACAUUGACGUGUUUAAACAAAAUAUCCUUAUUUCUCCUGGAAGUUUCAUGGUUUGUUUUGUUUAAAGCCUUCGCCGCAACGAAGUUCAUGAGCACUGAUUUUUUGCAAGCAAAGCAAAGGAUUCUGACGCAAGCCUAAACCUCAUUCAAUAUGAUUUUAAAUUGGUUCGAUCUCUUUUUUUCUCUCUUAGAUGUAACGGUAGCGACUCAAAUGAGUUGUUUCCCUUUCUCCGCUACCACAUUCGAUCGGCUUCGAGGCAAGCAGCAUCACAACACCCGCCGGCGGACCGGAUCCACCCCCGCGCCAUGUACUCCCGGCGGCCGCCGCAUCCGUCCCACCGGAGUCCACGGCGAUCACCCGCCGCCUACUGUCUCCUCCUCACCCUCGCUCUCCUCUUCGCGUCCGCCGCCGCCAAAUCCUCUCGCCGCCCCAUCUCCGACAACGAGAUCCGGCAGAAGAAGGAGGCCUGCUACACCGACGUCGAGAACGGGCUGUGGGGAUGGGUGUGCAGGUCCUCGCCAACGGAGAAGGAGAACUGCGUGCUGCGCUGCCUCUCCCCGGAGUGCUACGACCUCAUCUACGGCGGCGACCCGCUUGAAGAAGGGGAGCUGGAUUAUGUCCGCGGCCAGGAAUACAAGUACUGCAUGCACAAAUCAUCCCUUGGAGAAAGCUUGGAUGGCGUUAAGGGGUCCUUCAGCUAUUUCUAUAGAUGAAAGUUGGUUCCCACGGCGUAAGGGGAGGCCGUCCACGUCGUCCAAAAAAAAUUACAACGUUCGAUCUCAUUUUUACGGUGUGGAUGUGUGUUUCUGUACCAGCCUUCGGUCUCACCUUUCCCACCGCACCUUCCGCGAAACGGCUGCGUCCUCCGGCCGCCGCCCUCACGCGCGCCGGUUGCGGCCUCCGGCGGCCGCCGUGCCCCGCGGCCGGAGCCUCACAAGAGCCGGCCCCGCGGCCGCUGCCUAACAAGAUCUGCUCCAUCCCUCGCGGAUCCGCCCACUGUCGCGCACGUUCUCCUCCGCCGCCCGCCCACCGGCCCGAUCCGCUCCAUCCCUCGCAGAGGCCGGCGGACACGAGCGUCGCCGCCGUCGCCGUCAAGAACGCCGACGCCUGACGAGGUGGCCGCUGUGCUCUACCCACGCGCGAACCCGAUGGUGUCUGCCGUCGCGCCACCGCUUCCCCUCCGCGGCGACCGGCGAGGGCGUGGCCUGGGACACGACGCCCACGAGCUAGGUCUAUUCUCCCUGUGCGCCGCCGCCGCCGUGAUGCGCGGGCUGCAGGUAAUUCCGUGCCUCGGCCGCCCCUCUGCCGCGGCUGCACCCGCGUUCUCCUACACACCAUUGCCCUCUGCAGCUGCCGCCUCCACGCCGUGCGUGGCCGACGACUGCAGUGGCCAGUGGGCCGGGGAUCCCUCUCCCUCUUCUUUUCUACUACUAUCGCUUUCUCCUUUGCUUCUUCUUUCACUUCUCUGUGAUUUGUUUCUCCGUUCAGUUGGCUGCUCCUCUGUAGCUCCAACAUUGAUUCCGGCGCUCGACAAUGUGUACUUCACGCUCGUAUCAUUGGAGGCUCAAGAUCAGAUCAAGUUUUCGUCCUUUCAAUUUUGCUUCUGCUCAUGUUCUUUUCUUUUUCACGGAGUCUUCACAUUUAGACUGGUUUUGUACUUUUCUAAUUAAUCUGGUGAUACUGUCGCUGCUUGCUUUCCUCUCCCCUCUUCUUUCUUAUCUUCUUGCCUGCAGCUUUUGCAACUUAGCUGUACAAUAUACCUAUGCAUAUAUGGUUAUUAGCUUGAUUUACCUUUUGAAUACAUGGUCGUGCCUUCGGAUUUGAUUUGUUUCUUCCUUUGAUUUUAAUCUCGAUCUGAUGUUUCUCCUCAUUGUGCCUCCUUUGGUGCGGGCUGAAUUGAGAUUUGUAUGAUUCCAGUCCUCAUCUGUUUUCUCAGAGAUACAUUACAAUUUGCUUGCUACGUUUGCUGUGGUUGACGGUGUCUGCAACAACAACACUACAGUUGCAGGUAAACAAUACAAACCACCCAUUCCAAAGUUGCAAAUACAGUUAAGAACUAUACCUUUCCUUGCUUAUAUUUUAUACCAUUGAUUCUAAGCUAGGAAUUAAAUUUAAUGUAUGCAUUUGCCUUCCCUGUAAAACCUGUUUAUUCACAUCUGUCCAGUUCAGUCAUUAACAGGCCUAAUGAAAUACUGUGGAAAGCUAAUCUACCUCUGAAGAUAAACAAAAAAAAAUGUUUGGUUAGCCCAGCAAAAUUACAUCUUAACUAAGGACAACCUGUUAAGGAGGAAAUGGCAUGGGAGUGCUACUUGCCAAGUUUUAUCUGACAAUGAUACUGUUAGUCAUUUGUUCUUAGAAUGCUCCCUAGCCAAAUAUGCCCGGAGCAUUGUGGCCCUGGUUGUGGGUGUUAACUGCAAACCCUGCUCGGUGGAUCAGUUCUGGGUCUUUGCUCAGAGGUUCAUGGGUCAGGGAGGAAAAUACCAUAUGGUUGGAUUAGCUGCGGUCUGUUGGGCUCUUUGGAGGGCAAGAAACAAUGUGUGCUUUGAAAAGAAGAUAACUUGAUCUCCGACCAAGACCAUUUGUUUAGCCUCAUCUUUCAUUGUUUUCUGGGCAGAUCUUCAGUAGGAAGUUCACAGAGAUGCUCUGGUGGUUGGGGCUGAAGCUCUGAAAGUGACGGAAGAGAUACUAGAGUGGUGCUGCUGAGGCACCGCAUCAUGCCAAGCUUAUCACCAUUAAGGAAGCAGAAACCCUCAUUUCCGCAUCACAAAGCAGUGAUGCCCAGAAAACAACAUUUAUAUUGCCUCAACCCUGCUAACUAGAGUAUAUAUGCAGCACCUUUGCCUCGGUAAGUUUCGCUUACUCCAUGCAUUAUGCUAGGACCAUUAACUGCUACUACUUAUUUCCUUAUCCUCUGAAAAAAUAUUGGGUCUAUCCAAGUAUGAACACAUAGAAGAAAAACAUAUAGACAAACAGUAUGACCAUAUAGAAAAAUAUUGGGUCCAUCCAAGUAUAGAAAAAAAUAUUGGGUACGCCGCCUCCCUGAUCCAAGUAUGAACACAUAGAAAAAAAAAUAGUCCUUUCACAACAGCGCCUGGCUCAGGUAUGAAAACAAAGAAAAAAAAUGUCCUUAUCAAUCUUGCCAAGCUCUUAUUCGAAUGUGGACGCUAUACUCUGCUUCAGAGCCAUACGUCAAGGCUAGGGACUAGGGAGGCGUACCUGACUAAGCUUUUCACAUAUGUAAAUGACUCUUUACUUUAUUCUGGUGCUCCUGUGUAUUACUACUUACUAUGCCAGUUCAUGUUUUUGCUCACAACUAAAUCGUUAAAGAUAUAUUAAAACUGCUGCUUUAUGAAACAACCUGUUUAAAUAAAAAUACAUCAGAACUUUUGCGACACAAUAAGGAACUAGCUCCUCAGGGGAAAAGUAUAAAGUACAUACCUUUCCUUGGGAGUUGGGACAUAGCUCUUCUUGGUCAAAUAUAUCCAGGUUAGGCAUCUCUUAAAAACAGUAUGAAGAUUUAAUAUUUAUAGCACCUCUGUCUAAAUAAUAUUGAUAUGAAGUAAUUAUCAUUGCUUCGUUAAUGGCACCUUAGCAUGCCUUCCAAUUUUACAUUUCCAGUUUCUACCGACAUGUAAUUGUUUUGAACUACAUAUCUCACCCAUUAACUGCAACAGGCAAAGUCAUUUCAUUAUAAGAACUACAGCCUCCUAAGACUUACUAUAAGAACUCACUUCUGGCAUACAUAUUCCUUUGCGGCUUCUUUAGCCAACAGGAAUUGAAGCUGCCUCCAGUGUUUUGCCAAGCACCCAAAUGCUACUAUAACCUAUGUAGGUUACUAUCGCCGAUGAAGCAAUCUAGCAUCUUAUCUAUUUAGUAAACUGUAAUAUUAUGCUCUUUCAAUUACAUGGUUUGUGACCUACUCAUUGCUACUGAUGUGGAACACACAUCCAGAAUGCCCAUCGCAGAUAAACUGAUGUAGAGGUUUGAUCCUUUUCAAAAAAUAUGCUUUGUUUUUUAUUUAACCUGCUCUUCCUGUUACCUUUGCAGACAAUAAAUCUACUCUGCCAUUCUUACAUCAUUUGACUCUAUACAACGCUUGUCGUAGACAGCUUGAUGCCUAGAUCAUUUCAAAAACUGACGCAUCUCUCACAGGUCCGCGUGCGAUUUAUGAUUGAACCUGUUUUCUGUACAUCCAAUGCGGCCAGCUAAUCCCUUUAUUUUCGUUGUUCUCUUAGUAUUGUAAAAUGUGACAGAUAAAACUACCUUAGAAUGAUUCUGUACUUCAUGUUUAAUUUCUUUUCUUUCUUUCUUUUUUUUCGAAAGGGAAGAUGUAUUAAACAGCAGCACAAUACAUCCCCCCACAUUACAAACAGACCCCUGGAAAAAUCAAGAAUUACAAGUAAGUCCCUAAGGCUACUGUGCUUCUUCCCCCACUCCAGGUUCCUGUUUGUCUCCUCCACCACCUCGUUGAUCCACCACCUCCCAUCUCGGCAAGGAACUCCAAGCAUUGGAAGAGCCGCAAAACGCAACGCCCAGUCCCCAACCAAGCGCAUCAACACCAUUGAACGCCCAUGCUUAAUUUCUUAUUUACUAUGCUCUUCCAAUUCUUUUUGCACAUAGCAUGUCUCCUGCCACCAUUACCUGCUCGAUCUGUUAACCACGCUUCUAAUAAUCGGGUUGAUGCCUAGAUUGUUCCACAAAAUGAUGUCUGUUUUCCAGGUCCGCGUGCGAUAGCACGCGUCAUGCACUAGUUCGUGAAGUUAGCAAGAAUAAAAGGCUCCCAUAUGUCCAAGCUGCACUUCUCAGUUCUCCUCUAUACGGUGGUGUUCAGCCAUAUCCAGCUAUCAACGUCUCCAAGCAUGGGCAAUCGAUAAGUUCAUCGAUGAAAUCCAAAUCGAUUAAAUGUGAAAAUUUUCCUAAACCCUCCAAGCACUGCUGUUGUGCAUCCUGAUGGGAAAAGAAACCUCUUUGUAAUACAAUUUCUCCAGCUACAUGGUUUGCUUUUUCUUUUCCAAGUAGCUAGUACUAUUGAUUGCUGAGGUUGUGCUUGCUGAGAGACAGUUUGAGGUUGCCGCGUGCCGUGCGCGCUGACGGCCCACGCAGCCAGGCGGGGCGGACUCGGGCAUCCCUAUACAUCUUCCGUGCAAUGGGAAGCUUCAUCAUCGCA